AUGACAAGAUAUCAGUUGCUCCUUUUAACCAUCUGUUUGACAGUGUCGGCAGUCUUGGCAGAGCCAGCCGGCCAUGUCAGACGCCAACGUCUUCGGUUUUUGGCCCGCCAAGAGGCAGCCGUGCCCACACCUUAUCCAUUGGCUUCAGAACUGAAACCCGAAGAGCCAGCCCUAAUCUAUGGCCCACCCCAGGGCAAUGAGGAGCAGGAGCCAGAGCCAACAGUCACAUUGAAUCCUCAAGCCGAAGAAUUGGAUACCGAAGAAAACUUAUUGGAGGUGACCACACAAAGUGUUCAGCCAGCUCGUUUGCGUCAAUUUGGUCGCCAAAGAUUGGCUAAACUUCAAAUUAAAAGCACUCAACGGAAAUCUGCACGCCUCGAGGAAUUGCCCCUAGAGGGUGAAAUAGAACCCGUGGCUGCUGUUGCUCCUGCUGCUGCUCCUGCUCCUGCUGUUGUGCCUGCAGCAGUUGCCCCAGCAGUGAUCAAUCCAGCACUUGCAUCGGCUGUGCCACAAUUUUAUUAUGUAGGUGCCCCGCAGCAGCCGUACACAAUCCUGGCCUACAGUGCAUCGCCCACGGGCUCCCAGCAAUUGGCUUGGUAAAGAAUCACAUAUUACAUCUACAAACUCGCAACUCUCUAGAAAAUAAAUAAAAAUUUGUUAUGUUAAAAUGGUAAA